AUGCUCUACAGCCAUGUGACGCUUCUGAUGCUUCGCGUGGUGGAUGUGGUGGCCAAAACGACUGUGCAGCAGAGUGCGAGAAUGUUGGUGGCCGAGAUACCCGGAGAGAUACAGAUCGGCGCCCUUUUCCCGUUGCACCGACAAAUGGCCGGCGCCGAGGGCUGCGGCGAGAUCUGGGAGCAGUACGGUAUUCAGAGAACCGAGGUGGCCUUAAAAACGGUGAAAGAAUGGAACAAGCGACUUCCGUUUCGACUAGGCAUCACAAUACGAGACACUUGCUGGAACGACCGGAUAUCGAUGGAGCAGACGAUCGCCUUUCUCCGCGAGGGCAUGUUGACUUCAGGUUUAUCCCAGUGUCCAUGCUGUCAGACGCCCGGUUGCAACCGGAAAACGGUGCCCGUUGUGGCGGUGGUUGGCCCUGGAAAGAGUUCGGCGACGAUUGCCGUCCAGAAUUUGCUACAGGUGUUCCGCAUCCCACAACUCGCCUACUCGGCCACCACCCCCGAUUUGUCGGAUAAGGAACAGUUUGGAUAUUUCAUGCGCGUCGUCCCCAGUGAUGUCUGGCAGGCCAAGGCCAUCUAUCGAAUUCUGGAGAAUUAUAACUGGUCCUACGUCGCCGUGGUUUAUACCGUAGGAAACUACGGUGAGAAAGGUUUUGCCGAGCUGCAAAGUAUGAGCCUCAACUCGUCGGCCGUCUGCAUCGCCUUUUCGGAAAAAGUGAAGAGUCUCGCGAAUCCGGAGGAGUUUCAAAAGAUCCUAAUCACAAUCCACGAGCAAAGAGUACGACCUCAAGUCGUCGUAUGCUUUUGCGAGGGGAUCACGAUGCGCGGGUUUCUAAAAGCCCAAGAAUUUCUGCGAGGUCACUAUCGCGGGGAGCGUGAUUUCUCAAAAUUCCAAUGGAUCGGCUCGGACGGGUGGGCAGACCGGAAAGACGUCAUCGACGGUCUGGAAAAUGAGGCCAACGGCUCGUUCUCGAUCCGGAUCCACUCGCCAAGGGUUCGCUCCUUCGAUCAAUACUACAUGGACCUAAAUCCGGAAAACAACACGCAAAACCCGUGGUUCCGCGAGUUUUGGCAGCAAAAGUUUAACUGCACGUUUUUGAUCGCCAAGGAGGAGAAGAACAAGGUGGACUCGAAGCAACUCUGCACGGGUCAGGAGAGUUUGGAAAAAGGAUAUGAACAGGACCCAAAACUGUCGCAAGUGAUAAAUGCUGUAAAUACAAUUGCCAGGGCAUUAUUAACGCUAUAUAACGACAAAUGCAAAAGUAUCAACAAGACCGAUUGCGCGGAUAUGAUGUCGAAAAACGGGACAUUACUGUACGAAUAUAUGAGAAAUGUGACGUUCACGGAUGAAUACCGACAGGAUAUAUAUUUUGACAAGCGUGGAGACCCGCCGGCAUGGUAUGAUAUUUUGAACUACGCGGGCCCGAGAAUUGGCUACAGAGAUGUUGGACGAUUCAAGGGUGUUAAAGAGGGCGAAGAGCUGAGAAUCGUGGAAAAGCCGAUCUUUGUGACGGGGAAUCAAGUGCCGGAAAGUGUUUGCAGUAAGCCGUGUCGAGCUGGAUAUAGGAAACGCGUAACCGGGGCUUGCUGUUGGAUCUGCGAAAAGUGCGCCGACAACCAGAUUGUCAAUUCGACGGUGAAUGAGUGUGUCGACUGCCCGAUCGGGUUGUGGCCGGAUGCGAAUAAGACCGCGUGCUACGAGCUCGAAAUCGAGACCUCCGUUGAUUGGACCGACCUCGGCGCUGUGGUGGCCAUCAUUUUUGCGGUAACCGGAAUGUUGGCCACUUCAUUCACCAUCCUCACGUUUGUCCGCUACAACAAUACGCCGGUGGUGAAAAGCACGACGCGAGAGCUGAGCUACAUCAUUCUGGGAGGUAUCAUGGCCUGCUACGCCGUCACUUUCCUGAUCCUCUGGCGUCCAACCUUUCCCACCUGUUUCUUGACGCGUAUUAUUCCACCGAUUGCCUUUUCCAUCGUCUACUCGGCCCUAUUGACAAAAACCAAUCGGAUAGCUCGAAUAUUGGCGGGAAGUAAAAAGCGGAUCCUCACCAAGAAGCCCCGAUUUCUCUCUACUUUUUCUCAGGUUGUAAUUACGUGGAUUCUGGUUGGCGUUCAAUGCGUGAUCGUCGGAAUCAGCGUGAUCAAGGAGAUGCCGGCGGCCGGGUAUAAUCCGGUUUAUUUGCCGAAGAAAAUGGUGCUAAUCUGCGUCUCUUCCGACAUGGCGUUUUUAACCCCUUUCUUCUGGAAUCUCUGCCUGAUCACCCUCUGCACGCUGUACGCAGUCAAGACGCGGAACCUACCCGAAAACUUCAACGAGGCCAAAUUCAUUGGAUUCACCAUGUACUGUACUUUGGUGGUCUGGGGAGCAUUCAUGGUUCUUCACCUUGGCCAGACGAACAAGGCGCUCACGAUGAGCUUCUCCUUUUCGAUAUCGGCUAGCGUUGCCCUGAUGCUCCUCUUCGCGCCGAAGCUCUGGAUCAUCAUCAUACACCCGGAGAAAAACGUGCGCUCCUCCUAUACAACGACCAAAUUGAUACGGUGCCAUUUCGGCAACUCACAGGGCGGCACGUUCGACUCGAAGCAUAACGCGUCAUCGAAGACGACGCGUGCCUCUACACAGUCGGCCUCGCUCAGCCACUCGUCGGGCGUCACCCGAACAGCCUCCGUGCACGUCGUCUCCCACCCAAGCGGUCACACCGACGCCCAAACACAAACCGACCCGCCCGCCUCGAAAUUCAGCCGAACAUUCUCGAUCGCUGGGAAACCGGGGAAGAAGGUGGUCGACGACGAUGUGCAACUACUGGUUGAUGCGUGUAGACGAUAUCAGGAUGAACGCCUCCGGGGCGCCGAGUCGAACCUCCUCCUCGAAGAAGCGGAAGACGAGGGACAAGGCGGUGAUGAGGUCGGUGCCCUGCUUGUCGGUUCGAUUGGCAACUCGAUGCGUGCCGUGUUGUCGACGAUGGGCCAUGGGACAGCUCUUGGCCCAACCACGGUCCCUUCAAAGGGUCCCACACGUCCUUCUGAGGGCCGUCCAUCCCGGCAACUUGAUGAGGACUUUGAGGAGCUGCUGCGUAGCCGUGGCGUGCAACCCCCUCGGAUUCCACACGGCCACUCCGCUCUGAACCAG